AUGAAGCUUUGCUAGAUGGGGAAACAAGUCUAACUAAAUGUGAAAGUUCAAGAAAAGAUUCAAGAAAAGAUUAGAAAUAAGAUUGUCUAGAUCUAUGAUUUGGUAAAAAAUAAUGAAGGUAUUUAAAUAGAUACUUCUACAGCAGGAGGACUAGAUUCAGAUAGAAUAUUCCUCGAGAAAUUUAAAAACUUUUGGAUUUAGUUUUGCAUUCAGAUGCAAGGUAUUAAGGACAUAUUUUCGUAUCUAGAGAGGACUUAUCUAAUUAGACAACCCAAUCCAGACUAAUCAAGUUUUUGGAUAAUUGGAUUGAGUCAACUCAGAUAAGAGAUAGGUGAGGAUGUCAAACACAGACUUAGACUGGGUGUACUCAAGCUAAUUGAAAAUGAUAGACAAGAUGAAAAAAGAUAAAACAGAGACUUAAUAGCAUUACUUAUCCAUGUAAUGUUUGCUCUAAAUUUCUACAAAGGUUACUUUGAGGAUUACUUUUUAAAAUAGACUGAAGAAUUUUUCAAUCGCGAUUCCCUCUUAAAAAUGCAAGACUUGAAUAUUUCUGGCUACUUGAUUUAUGUUGAUACAAUGAUUUAAAAAGAAACUGAAAGAGUAGAAGAAUGCCUUGAUAUAUCAACUAAGAAAAGACUAAUAGAAAUUCUUUAGACCGAACUUAUUAAGAAUCAUGUUUAAGCAAUCCUUUCAAGUGAGGAAUUCUCCAAGUUCAUUUAAGAUUAAAGGCUUGAUGAUUUGAGAAGGCUAUAUGAUCUUUUGAAAAAAGUUAACUUAGAAGGACUCUUUAGAAAUUAAUUCACUAUUUAUCUUAAGAAAAAAGGUGAGGAUCUCUUAAAGGAUGAAGGUUUUAUUAAGAAGUCUUUUAAGGGUGUUGAAGACAUUCUAGAAUUCAAAAAGAAAUCUGAAACUUUAGUUCAAAAGGCUUUUCCUUCCAAAGAGGACAGUGAUUUAUUUAAGCAAUCAUUAAAAGAAGCUUUUGAAUAUUUCUUGAAUAUUGACUCGAAUCAGAUCUCAGAAUACUUAGCCAAGUUCUUAGAUAUUCAUCUAAGAAAGUCUAGUGGUCAGACUGGCAUUAAUGAUGAAUAGCUAGAAACAAUUAUUAAAGAGGUCAUAUAGGUAUUCAGAUAUGUGAAAUCUAAGGAUGUGUUUGAAGAGUUCUAUUCAAGAGGGUUGUGUAGAAGAUUAUUGCUAAAGAAAAGUGCAAGCUAUGAAGCAGAAAAAUCUAUGAUCAGCAAGCUUAAGACUGAAUGUGGUGACUAAUUCACUGCUAAAGUUGAAGGAAUGCUAACUGAUCUCUCCUUGAGUGAUGCAUUUAUGAAUGAGUACAAAACAGUCAAAGGGGAUAAAUUAAUAUCCCAACAUGAAGGUAUUGAGACUCAUUUCUUCGUUCUUAGUCAGGCUUCAUGGCCAAUUACUCAGUAGGAAAAGAAUGUGGUAAUGCCAUCUGUUCUAAAUAAUAUACAACAAGAUUUUGAGACAUAUUACAAGAGCAGAUAAUAAGGUAAAUGCUUGACUUGGUGUAUCCAAAUGGGAACUUGUGAUGUUAAGUCUAGAUUUUCAAACUAGGAUACCAUAAUGGAGGUGUCUUGCUCCCAGAGUUUGAUUCUACUAUGUUUCAAUGAUAAGGAUCAGAUCAAUUUUUAAGAACUAAAAGAUAAGACAGGACUGUCUGAAGUUGAAUUCUAAAGGCAAUUUUUGUCACUUACUUUACCAGAACAUCCUAUUUUAGUGUAAACAGACUUAAACGAAAAUAAAGAAGAGGUUAAAGCAGAUGAAAAGAAGCCAGCAGCGGCUUAAAAAUGUAGAGUUAUUAAAAAGAAUUUCUUACCAACUGAUUAGUUCAAAGUUAACUUGAGAUUUAGACCAAAACUUAAACGUAUUGCAAUUAAUGCCCUGUAAAAGAAAGAAAGCAAAAAAGAAGCUGAAAAUGUCCAUGAAAAGGUUUUAUAGGACAGAAAAUAUUUGAUUGAUGCUGCUGUUGUUAGAACUAUGAAGGCUAGAAAAACUGUACCUCAUAAUGAUCUAAUUACAGAAGUUAUCAGACUUGUCAGAUUCCCACUAGAUAUUCAAAGUCUUAAGCAAAGAGUUGAAAAUCUUAUUGAGUCAGAGUAUAUGAGAAGGGAUGAUAAAGAACACAAUGUUUAUCAUUACAUCGCUUGA